AUGGCAGCCAAGCACCCAGCAGCGGCGGCGAUGCAGAGCAACAGCAGCGGCGACGUGCGCGGCCAUGGGAGGCGGAGCUGGAGGCGGGGCUGGCCGGUGGUGCCGCUGGCUAGAGACGGCGUCGGCUGGUGGAAGAAGGUCGUGGCGGUGUUGGUUCGGCCGCGGGAAGAAGAACAAGAAGAAAAGAAAGAAGAAAUGGAGAAGAAGCAAGCUUCUACUCUUAAAACCGAUAUUAAGUAUGGAAUUCGAGGUGAUUCCGAAGAUCUUUCUCGGCGCCACGAGGCCUUUGGCACCAACAAGUGCGGCAGGCCACCCGAGAAGAGCUUCUUCCAAUUUGUGUGGCAGACUUUGACAGAUUUCACUAUUGUAAUUUUGUUAGCAUGGGCAGCUCUUUCUCUUGGAUUUGGCAUGAAGGAAGAUGGUCCAAGGGAAGGAUGGUAUGACGGCGGAAGCAUAUUCUUGGCCGGCCGUAUUCCUUUGUCGUUGCGGUCUCAGCCGCGACAACAGGUUUCAAUCUUCGAGAUCGUUGUGGGAGAUGUAGUUUGCUUGAAGACUGGAGACCAGGUUCCAGCUGAUGGAUUGUUCAUAGAUGGUCACUCGCUGCGAAUCGGGGAAUCCAGUAUGACAGGAGAAAGCGAUCACAUUGAAUCAGCCACGAUUCCCCAUGAGCAGACGCCCCUACAAGCACGGUUAAAUCAGCUUGCUUCAUCAAUAGGUAAAGUGGGUUUGGCAGUUGCUUUCCAAGUUCUCGUUGUGUUGUUGGCGCGCUACUUUACAGGAAAUACGGAAGAUGAGAAUGGAAACAAAGAAUUCGACGGCAGCAGGACGAAAGCUGAUGAUGUGGUCAAUUCUGUGCUGGGAAUCAUUGCCGAUGCAGUGACCAUCGUCGUUGUCGCAAUUCCUGAGGGCUUACCGUUGGCUGUGACGCUUACUCUGGCUCAUUCCAUGAAGAGGAUGAUGGCUGAUCAGGAUAUGGUUCGGAAGCUCUCUGCAUGUGAGACAAUGGGCUCUGCCACCACCAUAUGUACAGACAAAACCGGCACAUUCACGCUCAACCAGAUGAAAGUUCUGGCUUGGACAAGAAUUUGUUGA